AGUGCUCAAUUUCCAUUUGCAUACAAAAGAUUAGAAUAGGCGUCCCAGAAAGUUGAAUAAGUUGGAUUUCAAGAAAAAAAUUGGAAGCAGCAAUGGCUAAGAGCCACCAUAGUAAGAGAAUCUUGGCACCACUAAUCCGCGUCAGCCGUCUGUUCUCUACUGUUCCCUUUGAUCCUCCACCCCUUUCAACGCCUCGUCGAGUUGUUGUGACAGGUCUAGGGAUGGUAACUCCUUUAGGCUGCGGGGUGGAAACCACCUGGAAGCUUUUAAUAGACGGGGAUUGUGGUAUUAGGGCUGUAACGGUUGAAGAUCUAAAGAUGAAUGGUUUUGAUAGUGAGACACAACAACAAACCUUUGAUCAAUUGACAUCAAAAGUUGCUGGAGUUGUACACUCUGGGUCCAACCCAGGUGAAUUUCAUGAGGAUCUAUGGCUUAACUCUAAGGAUCAUAGGUCGAUUGCUAGGUUUAUAGGCUAUGCAUUAUGUGCUGCCGAUGAGGCUCUAAGAGAUGCAAAUUAUAUCCCCACCGAGCAAGAUGAGAAGGAAUGCACGGGAGUCUCCAUAGGCGCAGGAACUGGUAGCAUUAGUGACAUAUUGGAUGCUUCAAGAAUGAUUUGUGAGAAGAAACUGCGCCGGCUUAGUCCAUUUUUCAUUCCAAGGAUACUAAUAAACAUGGCUUCUGGCCAUGUGAGCAUGAAAUAUGGAUUUCAGGGACCAAACCAUGCUGCAGUAACAGCCUGUGCUACCGGGGCACAUUCUAUUGGAGAUGCUACCAGGAUGAUUCAAUUUGGUGAUGCUGAUGUUAUGGUUGCUGGAGGGACUGAGGCAAGCAUUGAUGCUUUGUCUAUAGCGGGAUUCUGUAGGUCAAGGGCACUGACAACCAAGUACAAUGAUGCACCUGGAGAAGCCUCAAGACCUUUUGAUUGUGGCCGUGAUGGAUUUGUAAUAGGUGAAGGUUCCGGCAUCCUGGUUCUUGAGGAACUCGAGCAUGCUAGGAAACGAGGAGCAAAAGUGUAUGCAGAAGUCCGGGGUUAUGGGAUGUCAGGUGAUGCAUAUCACAUUACUCAACCACACGGUGACGGAAGAGGAGCAGUUUUGGCCAUGUCACGAGCUUUAAAGCAGUCCGGUCUGAAACCUGACCAGGUGGAUUACAUCAACGCACACGCUACUUCCACUCCUUUGGGCGAUGCAGUGGAAGCCAGGGCGAUUCAGUCUGUAUUUGGCAGUCAUGCAGCAUCAGGGAAUUUAGCUAUUUCCUCCACAAAGGGUGCAACGGGGCACCUCCUCGGUGCAGCAGGAGCUGUUGAGGCAAUAUUCUCCAUACUAUCGAUUCACCAUGGGAUUGCGCCCUUGACUCUCAACAUCACUAAACCAGAUCCUAUUUUUAGUAGUGAUUUUAUGCCUUUGAGUGCUUCAAAGAAGAUGAGCAUUAGAGCGGCCAUGUCAAACUCUUUUGGCUUCGGUGGAACGAAUUCGGCUCUGCUCUUUGCUGCUUUGGAUUGAAGAAGCACAUUUGCUGUAGUAUUUGUCUACACUUCCUCAUCAGUCAUCACUCAGGUUUUGGUGUUCUUGAUCAUAAAAAUGUCAGAUGUGUUGAUUGGGUAUUUUAUUUCAUUCCUUUUUAAAGCCAAUCUGUUAUACAGAAUUCUGAGUCUGAAAUCAGCUCUGAUGAGAAUAUUUUCUUGUUGAAAUUCGGAAAUAAAUUUGACUAAUUCAACCAA